AUCAUUAAGCAAAAGUUAAGGAUUUGUUCAUAUGCUCAGCUUUCAAGAGUUCAAACCGAGAAGAGGAAUUCACUAAUCAAAGCAUGGGAAGAAAGUGAGAAGUGCAAAGUCGAAAACAAGGCACAAAAGAAAAUUGUUGAUGUAGAGGCAUGGGAGAACAGCAGGAAAGUAACUGCUGAGGCUGAGUUAAAAAAGAUGGAGGAAAAGUUGGAAAAGAAGAAAGCAGAAUACGCGGAAAAAUUGAAGAACAAAGUGGCAAUGAUUCACAAGGAAGCAGAGGAAAAGAAGGCGACAAUUGAAGCCAAACGUGCUGAGGAUAUUGUCAAAACAGAAGAGUUGGCUGAUAAAUAUCGUACCACAAUUGGCAUGUGAGUCAAGUUCGAUUGUGUAAAUUAUUCAGGAACCGGGGAGUAAAUGCUUAUCCAUUCUUAGCCUUGAGAGUUCCAUAUAGCAUUACCCUAAAAUUAUUCCAAGCUAUCGCUAAAAUUUAGUUACAGCUUUUAAUUAACGUGAUACAAGUAAACCCUCUUAACCAACGAAAUA